UUUUCCAUUUUCACUUGCUUUAACUUGCCUUUCUUCUACGACAACUCCUCCUCAACCUCAACUCAUCUCCACUUUCCUUUAGGCGGGAGGUUGGGUCCAACCCCAAUCAAAAUCUCGUCUUUCUCACGUCUCUUUCUCAUAAAUACCUCGUCUUCACCCAACAACCCCACCUCUUUUCUCUUCACUGUAACUGUAAGGAUCACACCAAAGCAAAUCCUUUCUCAUUUCUCAACUCUUCCAUCUUCUCUUUAAAACCCACAUUUUUAAUUCUCAGGAAAAAAAAAAAAAAGAGUUUCUUUUAUUGAUCAUGAAGAAGCUGGUUCUCUUUCUUCUCUUCUUUCUCUUCCUGAACCUGAAACCCGUCCUUUCUCUUUCCCCUGACGGACUUUCUCUUCUCUCUUUGAAAUCGGCCGUCGACCAACCCGCUGGCCAGUCAGCUUUUGCCGACUGGAACGAGAAUGAUACCACACCGUGCCGUUGGUCUGGCAUUUCCUGCAUGAACAUAACAGGGUUCCCUGAUCCACGUGUUGUUGGGAUUGCAGUUGCCGGGAAGAAUCUUCGGGGAUAUAUUCCGUCAGAGCUAGGAACAUUAAUCUAUCUCCGAAGGUUGAAUCUUCACAACAACAACUUUUACGGUUCCAUACCGGAUCAACUGUUCAAUGCCACGUCACUUCACAGCUUGUUUUUGUAUGGUAACAAUUUGUCUGGUUCCCUGCCCCCCUCGAUCUGCAAUCUUCCAAGGUUACAAAACCUCGAUCUCUCCAGCAAUUCGCUGUCAGGUUCUCUGCCUGAAAAUCUUAAGAAUUGCAAGCAGUUACAGAGGCUGAUUCUAGCUCAAAACAAGUUUUCUGGUGAAAUUCCUGAUGGAAUUUGGCCGGAAUUGGACAACUUGGUUCAACUCGAUCUUUCGUCCAAUGAAUUCAACGAGUCGAUUCCUAGUAGUAUCGGAGAGUUAAAUUCAUUGUCAGGUACUCUCAAUUUAUCUUACAAUCACUUGUCUGGUAAGCUCCCGAAAAGCUUAGGUGACUUGCCAGUUACUGUCAGUUUUGAUCUUAGAAACAAUAAUUUAAGUGGGGAAAUACCUGAAACGGGGUCAUUUGCUAAUCAAGGACCAACGGCAUUUCUAAACAAUCCUCUAUUAUGUGGGUUUCCUCUUCAAAAAUCUUGUAAAAGUUCCAAUAUAAGUCCUUCAGGAAGUCAAAAUUCGGGACCUAAUUCUGGUGAAAGCCAGAAAAAAGGGCUCAGCCCUGGAUUAAUUAUAUUAAUCUCAGCAGCUGAUGCCGCCGGUGUGGCUUUGCUAGGAUUGAUUAUAGUUUAUAUUUAUUGGAAAAAGAAAGAUUCUUCAAAUAGCUGCAGCUGCACUGGAAAAAGCAAGUUUGGUCAUAACGACAAAGGGAAGCUCUGUUCUCUCUGUUCAUGUGUGUGUGUCAACGGGUUUCAAAAUGAAGACUCUGAAUUCGAAGACCACGAAAAGGGGGAGAGAUCAGGGAAAGGAGCAGGGGAGCUAGUGGCUAUAGACAAAGGAUUCAGCUUUGAGCUGGACGAGCUGCUUAGAGCGUCAGCUUAUGUGUUGGGAAAGAGCGGGCUUGGGAUAGUGUACAAAGUGGUGCUCGGAAAUGGGGUGCCGGUAGCUGUACGGAGAUUAGGUGAGGGUGGAGAGCAAAGGUAUAAGGAGUUUGCGGCUGAAGUGCAAGCUAUUGGCAAGGUUAAGCAUCCCAAUGUUGUGAAGUUGAGAGCUUACUAUUGGGCUCCUGAUGAAAAGCUUCUCAUUAGUGAUUUCAUCUCCAAUGGCAAUUUGGCUAAUGCUAUGAGAGGCAAAAGUGGUCAGCCAUCAACAAGCAUGUCAUGGUCAACAAGGCUGAAAAUCGCAAAGGGAGCAGCCCGUGGCUUGGCCUAUCUUCAUGAAUGCAGUCCAAGAAAAUUUGUUCAUGGAGACGUCAAACCAUCAAACAUUCUCCUCGACAACGAAUUCCUACCUUACAUUUCUGAUUUUGGCCUCAACAGACUGAUUAACAUCACGGGUAGUAAUUCCUCUUCAUCAGGUGGCUUUAUUGGGGGACUCCCUUACAAAUCAAUCCAAACGGAACGAACGAACAAUUAUCGAGCACCAGAGGCUCGAGUCCCUGGCAACCGACCAACCCAAAAAUGGGAUGUCUAUUCGUUUGGAAUUGUCUUACUUGAACUGCUAACUGGGAAGUCUCCUGAGCUAUCACCAACCACGUCAACUUCCACGGAAGUCCUAGACCUUGUAAGGUGGGUGAGGAAAGGAUUUGAAGAAGAAAACCCAUUAUCAGACAUGGUGGAUCCAUUGUUGCUACAAGAAGUGCAUGCCAAGAAGGAAGUCAUGGCAGUUUUUCACGUAGCUCUUGCAUGCACUGAAGCAGAUCCAGAGAUUCGACCAAGGAUGAAAACCGUGUCUGAGAAUCUUGAAAGAAUUGGAACAUAAUUAAGAAGAUACAGUUGUUUUGUCCCCAAAAACAUGGACGAUUGCGUAGGAAGGUGAAAGUUUUACUGAUUUUUGCCACGAUAACUUUUGCAAGGUUGUCAAGAUUAACUAUUCAUUUCCGAAUUAGGCCCACAUUUUCUCUGAAAAUUCAACAGUUUAUUGACGCUUAUUAGAGACCAUACGGGUCUUGAGAUAGCCACAUUUUUGUAUUUUUUUCUCAAUAUUUUGUAAGAUCUGAUGAUGGAUCAUAAUAUGAGAUUAAUGACUUUCAUAAAGUUAUCAACAAUAUGUCUUAGCGCUCGACUUUUAUUUUGA